AUGUUAACAAAAGUAUAUAUUUGUAAAUACAUUUCUAAAAACCCUUCAUCAUUCGGUAUUAGUAGUCAUUGGGGUUUAUUGGUAGCUGGUAAAAUAUUCCAUAUUAUGGUUAAUCAUAAUGACAAUGAUAAAGUUAUUUAUGAUUCCAUAGAAUUUAACUUUAAUUUUGAAAGGUUCCAUUAUAGCUUUGUAUAUAUUGGUAGAACACAGUAUAGUUUGGGAAUUAUUGGUGAUACUGCACAGGAUCUAGCAGACAAGUUUGUGUAUGAUUAUAAAAAAUCAAAUUGCCAAGAUUAUAUCUACAAGUUAGGUGAGUCUAUAGUAAAGAAAUUAAAGUUUCCACUUAAAUCAUCUGAUUUAUUUGAUCCUUCUUUUGAUUGUACAACAAAAGUCGGGUCAAAAAUAUCAAUUCUUUGUACCAAUUUAACAGAACAAGAUAUUAUAAAUGAAAGAAAUUAUUAUUUGCAAAAUAAAGAAAAGAUUUUUGGUUUUGUUUCAACAAAAUAA